AUGUUAAAAGUGGUGAGCCCAGUCGAGCAUUUUAAGACAAGCUUGGCUUUUUCUCGGCCGAAAUUUACAGGUGAAUUCACUCUUGCGAGCCCGACAUUUUUCCAGAAUCGAGCUCUGGUUUUUACAUACUCAUACGAAUCUUUCGAUUUAGGGGAUCUGAUCCGAUUUCAGAGCUCGUUUCAAGUACUCCGGUUGAUGGAGGACCCAACAGAGAGAGAUAGGAGGUUCAGGGAGCAUUUGUACAAAUUAAAAGAAAAUGGCAAAAAGGCUAAGGAGUAUUGGAGCUUGCCCCUCCGACCCUAUGGCUUUUGGACAUUCGAGCGCCACAAUGCUCAAAUUUUCUGGGAUGCUCAGAUAAGCCAAGUGCCCGGGCGCCGGGACCCAUAUGAUGACCUCCUGCAGGAUUACACCAGCACAUAUGCUAGACGUGUCUACAUAAACCGUGUCCCCUACCUAACUAAGGAUGAUUGUAACUGUGGAGAGUCUGAUUUGCUACAACAUCCUCUCAAACUUUUGUUUGCAUAUGAAAAUUCUCUGGAAUAUUAUCACAUUGAAGUGGCCGGACAUGUAAUGACUCAGGGGCUAGCAAUGCCAUGCUGUCUUUCUUCGCAAAUUCUUAAAAGUUCGGUUUUGUUCUUUAUUUUGUUUUAUGCAAUUAAUCUACAAAAAUUAAGAACUAAUGUUACUGGCUACUUGAAUAGCCAGCCAAACUCAAAAAACCCUAGUCCACCAAGACAGUGA